UCUCUCUUAUCCAUCCAGGUCCCGAGAAGCAAACCAUCACGCUUUCAGUUUUUCUUUAUUAAGAACCUCGAAUUCCACCGACUAUCGUCCUCAACCAUGAACCCUUCGCUGAGGGGAUUCAUGAGCAAUGUCCUACAUCAGUAGACUAUGAUUUUCAGGAAGUCAACUAUCGCGCUUUGCUCCAGCUCUACUCUCCCCUCCUUCCUUUCGCCGCCGCACCUUUUCAAUGGCCAUUGCAUAACGUCAUCAUGUAAUUCGACCACACAACGGCCUCAAUGGCCUCAAAAUCGAGACCAUGGACAUAUGACCCCACGAAAACGAUGCUACGCCACUGUUUCCGAGGAACCCAAGAAGCCGCAUAACUCUUCUCAUGAGUACCAUGCUUGGCCCUCAUCGUCGCAUCCAACACCCUACGAGAUAUUUGACCAACAUAGAACUGCGCCUUAUAGCAAGUCUAAAUUCUAUGAAUUAGUCAAGCUCUAUCAUCCAGAUAGACACCAUCAUACAUACCACCACUCUCUGUCACAUACGACUAGGCUGGAGCGCUAUCGGCUGAUUGUCGCGGCGAACCAAAUCCUCAGCGACCCAACCAAGCGUCGCGCAUAUGAUCUAUAUGGCUCGGGAUGGGGCGGAGUACAGAGUAUGGAGAACCUCUACCGCGCCGCUGACAAGUCAUGGCGGGAUAUGCCUGGGAACGCCAGCAUGAACGCAACGUGGGAAGACUGGGAGCGAUGGUACCAGGAAAGGGACGGGAAAAAGGAAGAGCAGCAGCCGGUGUACAUGUCUAAUUCGCUCUUUGCCAGCGUGUUGUGCAUGUUCGUUAUUGUCGGCAGUGUUGGCCAGGCACGACGGGCAAGCUCGAAUUCCAUGAAUCUUGUGGAGAUGAAGGAUGAGCAGCAUGCAGCUAUUCGUCGCGAUAUGAGAAAGCGACAGCUCGAUCAAACACGCCUCAGUAGACAGGAGAGAAUCGAUAACUUUCUGAGACAAAGGGAAGGAUGGGAACUAGCUUCAUCGCCAGACACUCGCAAACCAGUUGCAUCUGAGGGAAAAUAACAACUCGGCAACUAGAAACCCCCUAAAAGUUCUACCCUGAUGAUGCUGAUGUACUUACUUGUUUGCGCUAUACAAGAUAUGAUACUCGUACAACAGGUUGUAUAACCCGAAAUAAUCAUAUACUACGGUCUUAUAUAAUAUACAACA